AUGUUUGACAACGGUUUCAAGCCUAAAAUCUACAACUUAUUGUACAAAAAAGUAUAAACCUCUAAUAAGAGAAGCUAAAAGUUAGGUAUUACAUAAGAAUUUCAAUUCAGCUCUACAUAAGAUGCAGUCACUAUCAUAAGAACUAAGCAUUAGUAUCCCAGCGUUUAUUUUUAGGCGAUAUCUUCAUCAAAUACAACUUUAUUUCCUAAGGGUAGAAGAAAUAAAAACUAAAUACAACCGAUCCUAGUUUACCAUAACAAGAAUUUUAAGAAAAUUUUCUUAUCCAGAUACAUGUUGUGAUGUGAUUAACUAAGAUGCUUAAUUACUCACAACAUAAAGCUUAAUCCACAAAUAUUCUCAAUAACCAAGUUAAACAAAUAUAUGGACAGUCCAUAUUGGAAUAGUAAGCAAUCACUAAAACAAAGAACAGCAUUUAUAAAACGUAACUAUCAGAAGGUUUAAAAAAUUUAACUAAAAUAGGAAAAACCAGUUAGUAGAAAGAGAAUUAUAUAGAUACGGGCUAACUUGGAAUCCUCAAAAAAUGAUUUGUAGAGCAAAAUUUUUAAGAUGCUGCUUUAGUUUAAAAUAAUUCACUACUUUUGGGUAAAUUCUGCAUCUAACUAUAUCUAGGACAUUGAUCUUGUACAAGUGGUACUGA